GCCAAAAACAUAUAUUUCUUGUAAGCCUAUAAAUCUAAGGGUCUCAAAAUACAUUGUGUAUAUAUAAAAAAAGGUCCUAAAAGUACAAAAAAUGUCUGAACUUUCCUGACAAUAUAGGUAGCUUUUAUGAAGAGGUAGCUUCUACUUGUACUAAACAAGAUAUUUGUGUUGUUCUGGAAAACCUACCUAUUGUGCAAUGGGUCAGGAGAAGAGGGCACGUUUCUGUUGCUUGUGGGAAUAAAACCUUCAUCUUCUCCGGUUGAGUUGAAAACUCGAGGCUUCCCCAGAUUCUCCACCUUCUCGUUUAAACAUCUAGCUCCGGAAACGCCGUCGUCGCGCAAGCCGGAGAUGCCCAAGAAAAUCAACAGAAGGCCAAUGGCUUGAUUCCUUGUGAUGAACAUGGCUUCCGUAGAUCCAAAAAUGCUGUUUUUGUCUCCCUUCAGCUUCUUUUUAAGCAAAAAUGCUGGUUUCUUGUUCAAACUGUACGGACUACCGGUCAAGAAAGUUAGAAAUUCGAUAUGGGCAGAAAAAGAGAAACGAGCAGACAAAGCAAUAUGUUCAAUUGCUGAACUCGACACUUACAGCGACUGGGAGAACUGUAUGCUGCAUUCUGGAGAACUACCAGACUGAAGAGGGUGUAAACGUACCAAAAGUUCUUCAACCUUUCAUGGGCGGAAAGGAGUUCCUACCAUUCAAGGCGAAACUGACCCCUGAAAUCAAAGGGAAGAAAUCGAUGGCCUAAAAUUCGUAAUUUUUUUCAGUCUUUAAUGAAGAAUACAUUAACGAGAGUAGUUCUUGAUACAUCGGCGUGCGUAAAGUCUUCCGAUGAUUGUUUUGAGAAACCCUGAAACCCAAAUUCCAUGUCUUCAUCUUUGAUGUAAUGAAUUAAAUAUAUUCAGAACAACUUGUUCGGGCAAAAAUUUCUAUGGAGAACACUCCUUGGAC